AUGGUCAGUCUGGUCGUCCGUAUAUAUUUUCUAAUUGUGUUUUGACGUUUUCGCAUAUCUGGCUUGUUUGUAGGCCUUUACCACAUCGUUUGCGACGGUUUUGCCUGUGCAGUCCCAUAUGUGCGCCACCUAGGCUACUCAGAUUGUAAUUAUUACUUAGUUUAUAUCCACCUCGAUAGCAUUUAGUCGCCCAGGGCUAGACAUUUGCUAGCCCGUUUGAUUUGCGGGCUAGUGCAGGGCUAGUAACCUGUCUGGCUGCUAGUGCUCGAUCUGUGCGAGGAAAGGAGCUUUUCUGUCACACCACCUCCUUGGUGCUCACCCGGGUGCAUUUUGCGCGUCACGCUGGGGGGUCCCUUUACGCGUACGCAUGCAGGGCGCACGCGGCACUUUGUCUGGAAUUUAGGCCCCUGUCUGGCGACUUAAAUUGCCUCGGGCUACAACGCCCUCUACUCGUCCGAGAAGGCGCGUCAACCUACUGUCCCCGUGUGGUCAGUGUCCGCUAGAAUUGCUGAGAAAAUCCGGCCAAUCGCAAUACUAGCCCGCGACUGGGCUAUCCCUGGCGAGUAGAAUGCUAUCAGGGCAGACGACUGGAGCACGAGUAAUCACGCAUAACAAUCCAGUCAGUAGCUGGCUUGUCGUAUUUUCAAUCAAGCGUUUUCGCGUUCCUACGUGUGUGUAGUUACGCGAGUUAUAUUUUUUGUCCGUCUUGCCGUUCCCACAAAUUCACGGGAAGUUGACAUCUUGUAGGGUCGCGUUCGCACGAAGACCGUUAAAAAGGCGUCUCGCCUGAUUAUUGAGCGUUUCUACGGAAAACUCACCCGAGAUUUCCACACAAAUAAGCGUGUGACGCAAGACAUCGCUAUUAUCGGGUCCAAGCGCCUCCGGAACCGCAUUGCUGGAUUUGUGACUCAUCUGAUGAAGCGCAUUCAGCAGGGCCCAAUCCGAGGCAUCAGCAUUAAACUUCAAGAGGAGGAACGCGAACGUCGCGACAAUUUCCAGCCCGAGGUAUCUGUCCUUGAGAGCAUGGUCUACGAGCCGGAUCCUACUUCUGCUGCUAUGAUCAACAGCUUGGUAGGUUUCUGUUUAGUCUCUUCAUGUCUUAAAACCCAUUUGUAGACGGACAAAAAACGGACGACGCAAUCAAAGAAGCACUGA